UUAUAUGAUAAAUAGGGAUCAUGGCCGUAGCUGGCCGGAUAUCGAGGCGCAACUUCAUGGGAGCUCGCGCUUGGUGCUUGCUUCGUUGCAUUCUGCCACGCGCGACAAAACGUGGAACUUGCCUGACUGGACUUUCCAUUUUUUUCCCUAAGAGUGACCCGUUUGUUCAUGAUAAAGGGCUCGAUCCAAGUCUGGUCGAGCAUUCCUACAGCUUAUCCUCAUGCGGCUUGAUUGGUUUAAUUCAACAUAAGGUCCCUGGUAGCAAAGGUCUUCUCUCAGACGUGCUUAUUGUAAUAGUGCCAUUCAAACCGACCAAAGAACAGGUGGGAGAACCUCUACCCAUUUUCGUUUGGCUCCUUCAGCGUUCUUCAUUAGCAUGUUUAAGAUACUUUUGUUGGCUACUUCAUCAUGCUCAUUUGUUUGAGGAUAAUCUUGUUAUGGCAAUUCAGAUCCAUCCAAAUGUAAUUCUGAACGACCUCUAA